AUGUUUUCCGUUCAUUUCUGGCAGACCCGGCGUCGACCUCCAGAUGCUACUUCUUCGCUGGCUGAUGGCAUUCAGACCCCCAGCCACGGACGGUGCCAGACAAGCAACUGGACAGGACAGCUCAGCAGCAGGACCCUGGCCACAAUCGCGGCCAGAGCCACUGCCCCCUGGCUACAGACCACUUCUGAUGCCCAUCUUGGGAGCCCUCCCACCACAGUCUGGCUUGCCGAGGCCCCACCACAGGGGCCGAAGCACUGGGCGGUGGUGGCAGCUGUAGCAGUGGUACCUACAGCUUUGGGGCCAGCCCCAAAGGCACGUGGGAACCUGUUUCAGGCCACUCUGCGGCCCCUCCAGGACCACAGUGAGCCCCAGGACAGCCCCAGAGCUCACCACUGUCUCUUCUUGUCACUGAAACCUGGGCGAGGGCUCAGAAUGGAAGGCGGUACUUCCGACAUGAACCCUCAGACCAGACAGGCGCCUGCGGAGGACCAGUUGAGCCGAGCUCAAGACAACCCGGAGCCCAGGCAGCAGCUGCCGCUGCUUUCUGAGCCUUCAGACUCUGCCCAGCCUGAAGCCAAGUAUGUGGAGAUGUGUGCUUCAGCUGAAGUCCGACGGGAGAGCCCCCAGACCACGAAACUACUACUGGAACACUGCCCUACGGAGCAGGCCUCCGGGAGCCCAAAGACAAAAGCCCAGGAUGAACCCAACAGCGGUGCCAGGGAGGCUCAAAGUCCUAGGAAGAGUCCUGCUUCUUCCCAAUGUCCCAGCUCCCGGACUGGUGAGAAUGACUUCUCAUCUUCCUCCUCCUCCCCAAUAAACAGAGCAGAAGACACUGGCCUUUCCAAAACGGAUGAUCCCACCAAGUUACGGGGGGUCCUGGCCACCUCCUCUUCAUCUUUAGGCUUUGAGAGUGAGCCGGAAAUGAGCUGCCAACAACACAAUGGAGAAGAAGCAGGGGAAGGGGUGGGAGCGAGGGAGGAUAGAGGAGGAGGGGUCAGUGAUGGAACAGAGUGCAAGGACAUUAUUACCAAGUCGCAGGGCAAGAGGGACCCCCUGAAGAAUGAGGACGCACACUACAUCACCACCCAUGAGAUCCAGCUGAGUGAAGUGGAGCAGGGCAUGGAUUUCGAUGUGGGGCUGGCUUCUCGCUGGGAUUUCGAGGACAACAACGUGAUCUACUCGUUCGUGGACUAUGCUUCCUUUGGUGGCAGUGAUGAGACCCCAGGAGACAUCACCACCGAAGAAGAGGAUGACAACAGCUGUUACGCCAGCACCACGCCGAGCACCAACACCACCCGGACUCCCAGCCCCAUCAGCAGUGACCUGGCUCGCCCUAGUGCAGGCAGCAGUGGUCGUGAUACCAGCAGCACAGAAGUGGGCAGCGGCCCCUCUGACAGUGACACUCUUCCCCCACCCACUGGACCUGGCACUGCCACUCCACCUGAGCCUUUACUGGAGCUCCGGGAGGCAGCCUCAGGGGCAUCGGCCACUGCAGCAAGCAGCUGUAGGAGUGCAGCAAGCCAGAUCCUCCUAUCAAUCAAGCCAACUUCCCGGGCUAUAAAUGAGCCUAGCAACGUGUGUGCAAAGCAAAACAUUAUUUAUGCUGCCAAGCAUGAAGGCGACAUGAGCCUCCGCGUCUCUACGACUGCUGAACACAAUUCAAGUUCACAGAAGCAAAAUUCGGCUACAGCCGUGGCUCAGGACCAUGCAAAGAAAUUCAUUGCAGUCCCAGCUCGACUGCAAACCAGGUGUGGGGCCAUUCGGGCCAAGGAGCUGGUGGACUACUCCAGCGGAGCCUCCAGUGCAGUGAGCGAGCUGGACGAUGCAGACAAAGAGGUGAGAAACCUAACUUCCAGGGCCUUCCGGAGCCUUGCUUACCCCUACUUUGAGGCUCUGAACAUCAGCUCCCGAGAAUCCUCCGCCACGCUCUCUGAAGUGGGCUUUGGACGAUGGUCAACUUUCCUGGACUUAAAAUGUGGAGGUGUCGGAGCCAGGGUGGAACAGAGCCUGCUGAGAAGCAGUGCCGCCUCUGUGGCUGCAGGUCUGAGGAAGGGUGGUGGCCCCCGAGCGACUGCAGACCAGAUCUACCUCCAGGCCAAGAAGCCCCAGACCAAGGCCUUGGAGUUUGUGGUCAGCAAAGUUGAGGGAGAAAUCAAGCAUGUGGAGACACCCCUGUGCUUCCAGAAACAGGUCCAAACUGGCUCCCGGGUUGUCACACUUCUGGAGCCCCUCAAUCUACGAAGUGAGAGCAAAGCCAGCUCAGCCACUGGGCCCUGCAGAAACAGCAAAGGCUCCAACAAAGGCCCAGGGUCGGUGAACACAGAUGAUGGGUCAGAAACAUCUGAGGGUAGCAAGCCUGCCUCUCGCAGUGACGGCCCCCAGAAGAAGUCCAAAUUUGCUUCAAGUCUGCUCAAAAAUGUCAUUUCCAAGAAGAUGCAGCGAGAACAUGAGUUCAAGAUGGAGAGAGGAGAAGUCACCGAUACAUCGCGCCGGAACAGUACCUCUAAGGAGACAGAAGUGACCAACGCAUCGCGCCGCAGCGCCCCCAGCGCCUCUAAGGAGACAGAAGGACUUCCUGGGGCUGAGAAGCCCUGGGAGAGGGGUCUGCAGAGGCAGAGCUCGCGUCACUCCGAGGCGAGUUCCGAGUACACCGUGGUCAGCGUGUCUGAUGUAGGUGGAGAAGGGUCUGUCGUAGGUUCUAAGUCCCCUGUUUUCAAAGCCAGUACUCCUCGAGAGAGCAACGCCGGCCCCGGCCGGAAUGUCUCUGAUGGACACACAGAUGUGUGUGAAAUUAAAAAGAGUGCUUCAGAGACUGUGAAGGGCAUCUUUCUCCGGAGUCAGAACAGCGCCUUCCGGACGUGGAAGGAGAAAGAGGCAGAGAAGUUGGAGGAGAAAGCCCCUAUCGGGAAGCUGAAGCUCCCCAAAGGUGGGGACUGGAAGGCUGAUCUUGGGGAGAUCUCUGCCAGCAAGUCUACCAUCAUGUCUCGCCUCUUCGUGCCCAACAUCCAGCAGACGCCCAAGGAUAAACAGCCAGAGAAGCAGGCCACCAAGUACCCUGCUGCUGCCCAGGCCACCUCCAUGGCAGUGAUCAGGCCCAAGGCUCCUGAAAUCAAGAUCCGGCUGGGGAGUGUACAACAGCCAAGCUCAGACUUCAACAUUGCCAAGUUGCUCACGCCCAAACUGGCUAGUGGCAGCAACUCGAACCUCUUUAAGACCAUUGAGGACAACAACAGGACCCAGCAGAAACUCUUCCGUGGUGGGGACAAUCUGGAAAAAGUGCCUCAGUUCCAGGUAAGAGAUGUUAGAGACAAGUCCAAGGCCCAAGGACCUCUCCACCAGGUGAGAGAUGUCAGGAAACUGAUCAAAGGGUCAGGGGACAGCAGUGACAAGGGCAGCAUCACCCCAGAGCAGGGGUUGACGGGGUCCAAGCCCAGGCAGCUGGCUGCAGCCGCUGGAGGAUCUAGGUCCCUGUCCCCUAUGGUGAUCACAUGCCAGGCAGUUGUGAAUCCAAGAGAAGACGGUGUGGACCGAGAGGCCAGGGAAGGUGUGGGCAAAGCAGGCAGUGGCAGUAGGAUCUUGAACUCCUCCCCAGAAGGGACUGUCUUGGUUCACAGGGCAUCUGGCAGGCUGCCUGUGGCCACCAUUGCCCCCAAUAAAUCCGAGCAAGGCUCUUACCUGCCUGUGCUCAAGAUUGUCUCCAAGGCUCAGAGGACCCCAGAGAAAACCAAAGAGGAAGACAUCAAGGAGGAAGGGAAAGCGCCGAAGCCAGCUCGAAAUGCCUUGGAGAAGCUAACAGCUGCAGUCAGGUCCAUGGAAGAGCUGUACAGCUUCAACAGGAAUGAAUGGAAGCGCAAAAGUGACCCUUUGCCCAUGAUGGCUGACAGCCAUGUCCUGUCCCUCAUUGCCAGCGAGGAGAGGGAAGGGGUCACCGGACCUGAAGGAGACCCUGACAAGCUGACCAAGCAGUUGGGGGCAUAUGAAGAACAACGAGACACGGGACACAGAGGUGGCGUGGUCCUGAGAGGGGGCCCCAUAGAACGUCUGCAGAGGAGAAACUCUAACCCCAGCACGGAGAGCGUGUCUGCCCGGGCAGCUGCCUUUGAGAACAUGGCCAGAGAAAGGCCCAGGUCUCUCUAUAUUCCCCCAGUCCACAAGGACGUGGAAAGAACCCAACCUCUGCAGCCCCUCCCCCCACUCCCCAGCAACCGGAACGUGUUCACGGUGAGUGCUAGCAGCGCUCAAAAAACCGGGGGUGUGGCGGGCAAAUUCCCUCAGGGGCCUUCUCCAGAGAGCCUUUCAACAGGCAAGGGCAUCAAAUCCCAGGGACUCAGAUCCCUCAAGAUCUCCCCAGCCACCCGAGCACCGCCCGAUGAGGUCAACAACAGGAAAACUGCGAUCAGUUUAGAGAAGAGUAAUAGCACCUGUGAGAAUUACUUGACCAUCCCCCUUAAAGGAAGCCCUGCUUCAGGAGAGCAGCUUGGCAGGCCUGGGGCUUCCAGAGACGGGCCUCCCAGCUCCUCAGCUGCCACUCUUUGCAGCUUACCUCCGCUGAGUGCCCGCAGUCAGGUCCCCAGUAACUCCAAAGGCUCUCAUGUCAGCGGAGCCAGUAAGCCAGCUUGGCGAACCAAACCUGACAACCACCGAGAAACAGUGGCUGCCCCGACAGGGCCGCAAAGCCCUGAGCAUACGCCCACGGCCACAGCCGUCUACCACCAACAGGCUUUGCCCUUCACUCUGCAGGGGGCCCAGCCUCAGGUCCUCUGUUUCUCGCCACCUGGGAUGGCAGCCCCAGCCCCUGCAGGCCCAGCCACAGUUCCCACAGACCCCUUCCAGCAGCCACAACCUCAGCAGACCCAGCGCAAGAUGCUCCUCGAUGUAACCACCGGGCAGUAUUAUCUGGUGGACACGCCCGUUCAACCCAUGACCCGGAGGUUGUUUGACCCCGAGACAGGUCAAUAUGUGGACGUGCCCAUGACCUCCCAGCAACAACCUGUGGCACCCAUGUCCCUUCCUGUACCUCCUCUGGCCCUGAGUCCUGGGGCUUACGGACCCACCUAUAUGAUCUAUCCCGGAUUUCUGCCCACAGUGCUGCCCCCCAAUGCCCUGCAGCCCACACCCAUCUCUCACACUGCAGGAGGCGGUGAACUCUCCGUGGCAGCAGACACCCCCAGCAAAGAGACAACUGCCGCAUUUACUGAAGCCCCGUACUUCAUGGCCUCUGGUCAGUCCCCUGCCUCAUCUUCCUCCUCCGCCCCCGCAGCCACACCCCAGCUUGUGGGGGCCAAGGGCUUUGCCCAGCUCCACGGCAAGCCUGUCAUCAGUAUCGCCUCACAGCCCUUGGGGCCACGGAUCAUCGCUCCCCCUUCCUUUGAUGGCACCACCAUGAGCUUCGUGGUGGAACACAGAUGACAAGAGACUCAGGACAGCAGAGCGGAGCAGCUCCUGGAGCCAGGCAGAAAUACGGAAUGUUCUUUAAUCCAAAAGUCACAUCGUAACACUGCCAGUCCAUCUGAAAACCUACCAGUUGUGUUACGAACUUUUAUUUCUUAGGACCCGUGUGCAAGUUUGUAUAUUUUCCUGAGCAGCUCCCUUUUGAGGUGGCUUUUGUUACUUCGGUUUCACUAAGAUGACUGAAUGGUUGUGUUUCUCCCCAUAAAAUACUUCUUUUUAUACUUUAAUACAGGAUGUAUGCUUUCUUAUCCCUGCCUUCUUUCCUGCACGUGUGACCAGGCAACCAGGCAAACAGAACACUGAGUAUUUGAACGGUUCAUUCAAAGCAGGCCGUAGAAUCUGAUUGGUUCUAUUGCAAACCAAAUCAGCAAAUUAAUAAUAGGAUCACAAAUGACCUUGGAGCUCCUCGGACUAUAUUAGCGGCUCUC